AUGGGGUAUGGCCUGCGCCUCAUCAACAACAACGCCACCUCCGGCGGGAAUGGACGGGACUGGAUUCAAUUCGGAGAUGAGGCCUUCCGAAAGGGCCGGGCCGAGCAGCCAUCUCCCAAGGGCAGUACUGCCAUGGAGCUGCGACGUGCCAAGCAGAAGCUACGUGCAACGCAGCGGGCAGAGUCCUCGCUGGGCUGGAGCCAAGCCCGGCAGGGCUCAAGAGCAUCGCCAGGCUUGGCCGUCAUCCGGAAAUGGCACCGUGUCCACAUGCAACCGAGCAUGAAUGACCGAGAAGGCCUCAUCGAUGCCAGGCCACCUCCGCCAUUGGUCAAAGCAGACACCACGCUGGCACGAUCUACACGCGCUAUCGUCGAGGAUCCGAUGCUCUCAUGGAGGGCAGAUCUUUUUCAGAAGCCCACCUUCCCUGUGCCUCAGUUUCACUACCACUCGAUGCCAAUGGUGGCCUAUGCUAAGAUUCCGACAGAUCCAGUGGACGCCCCCCAGGAGGCUCAACCAGACCUCUCUGACAAGAACCCUGAGAAGUACUACUUCUUCAGCGACCCGAUGAUCACGCGAUCCCACACGCUGCUGCCGGAGCAUCCCUCACAUGGUCUUGCAAAGUCCAAGACCGUCUCAGCAGUGCAGCUGAGAAGCUACGCGUCGCAGCCAACGCUUGCCUGA